CGGCUGCUGUCUGCUUGCUCAGUCAUCCUCUUGACUGCCGUGCGAGUGGUGUGGAUGCGACGCGCGCGAGAAGGGGGGUGGGGGGCGGCCGUGCAACGAAAACCCCGGAGCUCAUCGAGGAUUUCAUCUCAACACUUUGCAAGCGGGCUUCAACGACCCUUCAGACCCACUUCGCCGCGACCUGGCUCGGGACUUUUUCCCAAAUCCACCUCGUCUCAUUGGAGCGUGUUUGCCCACUCCGACCUCUGUUUAAACCGAUACACGCGGGGCAUGGUGCUUUACUUUUGAACCCCUCCACUUCCUCCCCUCGCUUAUGGAGCUAUUCGUCCCGACCUGGAUGUACCGACGUGGGGCGGAGCGUCUACCUGCCACCGCCGCCUGUCCGCUGUGAGGCGACCCGAACAUGCAGCCGAGCUGAGCCCUGAUCUUUUGUGCGACCCGGAGCUCAGUUUGUGGGGGCCCCCCCUAUUCUGAAACCAGACCAGCCGAGUUUUUCAUCCGAAAUUCACACUGCUUCAUCCUUCUAGCACAAUGCGAAGAUGACUGGUGAUGCUUUGCAGAGAACCACCGGUCGUUGACUUUGUUCCAGCUUCCUGAUCUCACCUCCGAAAAAAACAGAUUUUCUUGGACGGCUCACCUAACAGGGGUACAAUGGCCUCUUCCCCGUGGAGGUGUCCGGCCUUUUCCUGCCUGCUGCUCCUUCUCUGCUCUUGCCACUGUUCACAAGGGUUCAGCCGCGCCGCCCUGCCCUUCGGCCUUGUCCGGCGGGAGCUCUCAUGCGAGGGCUACGCCAUCGACCUACGCUGCCCCGGCAGUGACGUCAUCAUGAUCGAGACGGCCAACUAUGGGCGGACGGACGACAAGAUCUGCGAUGCCGACCCAUUCCAGAUGGAGAAUGUCAACUGCUACCUCCCUGAUGCCUACAAGAUAAUAUCACAAAGGUGCAACAACCGUACGCAGUGCGUGGUUGUCACUGGCUCCGAUGUCUUUCCCGAUCCGUGCCCCGGCACCUACAAGUACUUAGAGGUCCAGUAUGAGUGUGUUCCUUAUAUCUUCAUUUGUCCUGGGACUCUGAAGGGCAUCGGCGACGCCACCUUCCUGUACGAGGCGGAGCAGCAAGCGGGAUCGUGGUGCAAAGACCCGCUGCAAGCCGGGGACAAGGUCUUCUUCAUGCCCUGGACACCGUACCGAACGGACACCCUCAUCGAGUACGCCUCCUUGGAGGACUUCCAAAACAACCGACAGACCACCACGUACAAAUUGCCCCACCGGGUAGAUGGCACUGGCUUCGUGGCCUACGACGGCGCCAUCUUCUUCAACAAGGAGCGCACGCGCAACAUCGUCAAGUUCGACCUGCGCACACGCAUUAAAAGCGGCGAGGCCAUCGUCAACAAUGCUAACUACCACGACACCUCGCCGUACCGCUGGGGCGGAAAGACGGACAUCGAUCUGGCGGUGGAUGAGCGGGGCCUGUGGGUCAUCUACGCCACAGAGCAGAACAACGGGCGCAUCGUGGUGAGCCAGCUCAACCCGUACACGUUGCGCUUCGAGGCCACGUGGGACACGGCCUACGACAAGCGCUCGGCCUCCAACGCCUUCAUGGUGUGCGGCGUGCUGCACGUGGUGCGCUCCACCUAUGAGGAGAGCGACGGCGACAGUGGCAGCAGCCAGAUCGACUACGUCUACAACACCAAGCUAAACCAAGGCGAGUACAUGGAAAUCGCCUUCCCCAACCAGUACCAGUACAUCACGGCCGUGGAUUACAACCCCAGGGACAACCAGCUGUAUGUGUGGAAUAACUUUUACAUCCUCCGCUACGACCUCGACUUUACACCUCCGGAUCCCGUUGAAGUGUCACCAGUGGGCGAAUUCCCUGUCUCCUCACCACCGCCCAGAACCACCAUCGUCAUGGCGGCCACUGCUGCGCCCACCGCAAAGACCCAAGGUGACCCCAUUGCGGGGGGAGGAGCCGACCCCAGGGACGGGAGGGAUCCGUUCGAGGACACCCGAGGCUCGGCGACGGCGGAGCCCGCCGUGCCAGAGCUGCCGCCCGCGUCCAGACGUUCCUGCGAGGCUACCCGGCGGCGGGCCAUCGACUGGCCCCAGACCCACACGGGAUUGUCCGUGGAGAGGCCCUGCCCUAAAGGCACCAGAGGCAUUGCCUCCUUCCUGUGUACGGUGGCAGGGAGCUGGUGCUCCAAGGGCCCAGACCUCAGCAACUGCACAUCCCACUGGGUGACUCAAGUGGCACAAAAGAUACGAAGCGGCGAGAACGCGGCCAACCUCGCCAACGAGCUGGCGCGCCUGACGCAGGGCCCGGUGUUCGCCGGUGACGUCAGUUCCUCUGUGCGCCUCAUGGAGCAGCUGGUGGACAUCCUGGACGCUCAGCUGCAGGAGCUCAGGCCCAGCGAGAAGGACUCGGCAGGACGUAGCUUCAACAAGCUUCAAAAGCGAGAGAAGACGUGCAGAGCGUACAUGAAGGCCAUCGUGGACACCGUGGACAAUCUCCUGAGGCCCGAGGCUCUUAAGUCGUGGCGAGACAUGAAUUCCACAGAGCAGACGCACGCCGCCACCAUGAUGCUGGACACCCUGGAGGAAGGGGCCUUCGUCCUCGCCGAGAACCUGAUCGAGCCGGCCAUCGUCAAAGUGCCCGCCGAGAAUAUCGUGCUGGAUGUGUACGUGGUGAGCACAGAUGGCCAGGUGCAGGACUUCAGGUUCCCGCAGACCAGCAGGGGCGGAUCCACGCUUCAGCUCUCCUCCAACACGGUCAAAGUCAACAGUAAAAAUGGUGUGGCCAAGCUGGUCUUCGUGCUGUACAAACACCUGGGUCAGUUCCUCAGCACAGAGAACGCCACGCUGCGGGGCCUCGGAGACGCCGGCAGACGUAACCUCUCGCUCACGGUCAACUCCCACAUCCUCUCCGCCUCCAUCACCAAGGAGUCCAGCCGCGUGUUUGUGGCCGACCCCGUGAUCUUCACGCUGGAGCACCUGGACAAGGAGAAUUACUACAAUCCCAACUGUUCCUUCUGGAAUUAUUCCGAGCGAAGCAUGAUGGGAUACUGGUCCACUCAGGGUUGCAAGCUGCUGGACACUAACAGGAGUCACACCACAUGCUCCUGCAAUCACCUUACCAACUUUGCCAUCCUCAUGGCCCAUCGGGGGAAUGUGGGCAAGGGGAGCGUCCACGAGCUCCUGCUGACCGUGAUCACGCGGAUGGGCAUCGCCGUGUCGCUGGUGUGCCUGGCCAUCAGCCUGUACACCUUCUGCUUCUUCAAGGGCCUGCAGAGCGACCGCAACACCAUCCACAAGAACCUCUGCCUCAACCUCUUCGUCGGCGAGCUCGUCUUCCUCGUGGGCAUCAACAUGACCGAACCCAAGCUGGUGUGCUCCAUCAUCGCCGGCGUCCUCCACUUCUGCUUCCUGGCGGCCUUUGCCUGGAUGUGUCUGGAGGGCGUUCAGCUGUACCUCAUGCUGGUGGAGGUGUUCGAGAGCGAGUUCUCCCGCCGCAAGUACUACUAUGUGGCCGGCUACCUCUUCCCGGCGGCGGUGGUGGGCAUCUCUGCGGCCGUCGACUACCGCAGCUACGGCACGCCGCGAGCGUGCUGGCUGCGGGUGGACAACCAUUUCAUCUGGAGCUUCAUCGGGCCCGUCACUUUCAUCAUCGUGGUCAACGUCAUCUUCCUGGUGGUGACCAUGUACAAGAUGGUGAAGCAUUCCACCUCCAUGAAACCCGACUCCUCCAGGCUCGGGGGUAUCAGGUCAUGGGUGUUGGGAGCGUUUGCCCUGCUUUGUCUUUUGGGCCUCACGUGGUCCUUCGGCCUGUUCUUCCUCAACGAGUCCUCCAUUGUGAUGGCGUACCUCUUCACCAUCUUUAACACCCUUCAAGGAAUGUUCAUCUUCAUCUUCCACUGCCUUCUGCAGAAGAAGGUGCGCAAAGAGUACAGCAAAUGUUUCCGUCAGUCUCAGUGCUGCGGCGCCCUGCCGCCCGAGGGCCCCCACGGCUCGGUGAAGACGGCCACGGCUCGGAGCACGGCGCGCUACUCCUCCGCUACCCAGAGCCGCAUCAGGCGCAUGUGGAACGACACGGUGAGGAAGCAGUCGGAGUCUUCCUUCAUCUCAGGAGACAUAAACAGCACCUCCACCCUCAACCAGGGCAUGACCGGCAACUACCUCCUCACUAACCCCCUCCUCCGCACCCACGACACUAACCCUUAUAACAACCUGCUGGCAGAGACGGUGGUGUGCAACACGCCCUCUCCGCCGACUUUUCGCCCUCCAGGACAGCAGUCUCUGAGCAACAGCAGGGACAUCAGCGCCAUGGACACCCUCCCCCUCAAUGGCAAUUUCAACAACAGCUACUCCCUGCGAGACGACGACUAUGAAGCCGUCGGCGUGCGCGCCCCCCCGCCCGACAUGGGGGGCCUCAACCUGGAUGACGCCGCCUUUGAGAAAAUGAUCAUAUCUGAGAUCGUGCACAACAACCUGCGACCCCGCGCCGCCCCCAGAGUCCCCGGCGACGGCCAGCGGGACAGGGACUCGGCGCUGGUCCCGCAGACCAGGGCGGCCCUGGACCGGCGCGGCGGCGGGAGCGGCAGCGAGGACGACGCCAUCGAGGCGGAUCAUGUCGAGGCGUCGUCCCCGCAGAGAGGAAGUGCGAGAGAAGGCCACGCGCCCCUAGAGCUGCUCCUGCACCCCCACCACAAGGAGGCCCUGGAGGCCCCCCUCCUGCCACAGAGGACUCACUCCCUGCUCUACAGUGCCCAAAAGGUUCCCAGCAAGCUGGAGAGCCAGGUGGAGACCGUGACACCGGGGGAAGACGCGAGCAACAAUAACAGAGACUCACUCUACACCAGCAUGCCCAACCUGAGGGACUCGCCCUCCGCUUCGCCGUACACCCCCGGGGAGGAGGAAGAGGACGAGCUCUCCCCCUCCACCCGGAGCGAGAGCGAGGACGCGUACCAUAAAAGCAUGCCCGAGCUCGGGGAUGGCCCCCCGCUGUCCUACUACCACAUACACCGAGUGCCCAGCGACGGCUGCGUCCCCCCGGCGCCGCCCGGCGCCCAAGAGGGGGACGCCUCCAGCGAUGGACAGAUGCAGAUCAUCACUAGCCUCUGAGUUCAGACCCGAGUGGGCGGGUGUUUUCGGUUGAUGUCAAAAAGAACCGCUGAGUGCGGCGCCGCACUCCACACGCGCCCCAGGAAGUUGGGGCAUUGUGGGGUGGGUAAAGGAAUGAAUCGGCGACCUUUUUUUUUUUUUUUGCACAUGGAACUUGUCACUCAAAAACAUGUUCUUCUGAGGCCUGAAUGUGGACUGUGAGCACCCUGCUGUCAGACUAAAAAGGUGCACAGACUGUGUAAAGGAUGGAAAACAUUUUAAAUAUUCCCAGUAAAUAGUCCUGACACACACCUGGGAGGUGAGGGAGCGUUCCAAAACCAGGCUCUCUCUAGAAAACUCCAGUGGCCCCACAGUUGCGAUUGGAAUUGAACCACUAAUUCAGACUCAGGCCUUAUAUUUUCUCUAUUGCACAAUUAACUGUUGUCAAAGUAACAGCUAAAGAAUUUAUAUUUUGCUGUACCACUAGUGUAAAAGGUAGAAAAAAAGUUUAAAAAUAGAAUUUAAAAAAACAAACAGAAAAGGCAACCAUUAAGUAGUUAACCCCUCUUCCAUCAUGUUAAUAGAACUCUUCAUAUAAGGAUAAUAAAAAAAGGAGGAAAUGUGCUUUUGUUCCCUCACACUUGUUAUAUGUUCAAAUAUGUUUUGAAAGACAAAAAAAAAACAAAAAACAGUAUUUGGAAAAAGAUAUGGUUCCAUACGCUCACGUCUCUGCUUGUGAAGAAGUGCUUUUGCUUUCUUGGACAACUUUGAAGGAAAUGUGUCACCAAGACAUGUUGUUGUUUGCAGACACUUUUCUUCCUUUUACGCUUUGUUAAUUUAUUAAUGGAACUAUUUGGUUUAAAAAAAAAAAAACAAAUGUGCAGAGGUUGUUGCGGCACUGAUUAGGUUCAUGUCAUUUCUUUUGUAAGAGCCCAUCGUCAGCUGAUAUUUAAUUCAACUCCUGUUUGAUAUCAAAUAAAUGUGAAUUUUUUUCUUGUUCACAAA